CGGGAAAAUUUAGCAUUCUCAGUCGUCAGUCUGGAUAUGUAUAACGACGCGCGCGCAACCACCACCUCUCAUACGUGUUACAGUUCGUACGUCUAAUUAAAAAAAAGUAGAUAUAAAGAGUGUGUUUCCAACAAAAAUGGUGACAGUCAAAAAUUUAGGAAGUCAAACCACCAAAAAUGAUGCGAAAUCUAACGAAUCUAAGGAGCCGCCAAAGAAACAACCCCCGGGGAUGUUUUCGCGAUUGUUAUUUAUAUGGACGUUUCCGAUGUUUUACUUCGGAAAUAGACGUGAUUUAGAGGAAUAUGAUUUAGUGUCAGCGAGAACAAUAUACGAUUCGAAAACAGUUGGAGAUGAAUUAGAAAGAAACUGGUUUGAAGCUGAAGCAAAGUCCAAAGUUACAGGUGAAAAACCUUCGUAUAUAAAAGUACUCUCUAAGACUUUUAUGUGGUCCUUCAUACCAGGAGGUGUAAUGCAGUUUUUAUAUGUUGGCUUAAGGACUGCGACUCCACUGCUUUUUGCACAGUUACUUAACCACUGGUCAGUAAACUCUACUAUAAGUCAGACAACUGCUGCAUACUACGCGGCUGCUAUGGUGCUGGCGAAUUUGAUUGCUGCUUUCUUCAACCACCAUGGAAAUUUAUAUUGCCAGCAGUUUGGUAUGAAACUGAGAAUAGCGACUAGCACAUUAAUGUUUAGAAAGAUUAUGCGAAUGAAUAACGGAGCUCUUGGUGAAACAACUGCCGGUAAAGUAGUGAACCUACUAUCGAACGACUUGCAACGUUUCGACAUGGCCUUCCUGUUUCUGCACUAUGUCUGGAUUAUCCCCAUACAGCUGGUCGCGGUAUGCUAUCUGGGAUUCAUUCAAGCAGGCUGGGCUGCCCUCAUCGGAUUUGCUGCACUGAUCAUCAUUGCUCUACCAAUUCAAGGUGUACUUGGCCAGAUGCUCGGUAGAGUGAGGUUACGUACUGCGGAAAAGACCGACGACCGUAUCAAAGUUAUGAGUGAGGUUAUUAAUGGAAUACAGGUAAUAAAAAUGUACGCCUGGGAAAUACCGUUCCAGAAAGUAGUCGGACAAAAAAGGGUAGAUGAGCUUAAAGAAGUUAAGACGGCAACCAUACUGAGGACAGUGUUUCUCGGUUUUAUGAUCUUCACAGAGAGGGCGGCGCUGUUUUUCACAAUACUCACUUACAUACUGCUGGGAUACAGGAUGACGGCUAAUGUUAUCUAUCCACUGCAGCAAUUCAUAAGUGCAGCGCAAAUCAAUAUCACGCUGAUAUUGCCGCUGGUGCUGUCCUUCACUGCUGAGUUAAUAGUGUCUUUACGAAGAGUACAAGAGUUUUUGGAAUUCGAAGACAGACCGGACUUGCGAGCGAUCUCGGCGGCGCCACAGUCCCAAUUGUUCCGAAAUGUCACGAGCAGCUUCAGGGAGUCGAAGAAGUCCAUCCAACCACUCUCCUACCACACAGUACCUGAUGGUCCCAUUUCGAACGGCGUUAACAAAGGUUCAAUAGGCAGAAGAUACCGCAGAAGUCUUUCACUAUCCAACGAUACUGCAGUAGAAAUACGUGAAGUAUCAGCUAGUUGGACGGGCGACCCCAAUUUCCUGGCACUCAAAAAUAUUUCACUACGGCUCCGCAGAGGGAAACUUUGCGCUAUCAUUGGUGCUGUUGGAUCUGGAAAGUCUUCCAUUCUACAACUACUGCUCAAGGAAUUGCCAGCGGCAACUGGCAGUGUUUCUGUGUUCGGGGAUAUAUCGUACGCGUGCCAAGAGGCGUGGCUUUUCCCGAGCACUGUACGGGAAAACAUAUUAUUCGGUGUGCCUUAUGACGCGGAAAAAUAUAAGAGGGUAUGCAGGGUAUGCGCUUUGGAGAAGGAUUUCAAACAAUUUCCGUACGGCGACCAAACGCUGGCGGGCGAGAGGGGGGUAUCCCUAUCGGGAGGGCAGCGCGCCCGAAUCAAUUUGGCACGAGCCGUCUACAGAGAAGCCGAUAUCUACCUCUUAGAUGACCCGCUAUCCGCGGUCGAUGCGAAUGUCGGUCGUCAAUUAUUCGACGGCUGCAUCAAUGAGUACUUGCGCGGCCGCACACGCAUCCUCGUUACUCAUCAAAUACACUUCCUCAAGGCCGCCGACUUCAUCGUCGUUAUGAAUGAGGGUGGCAUAGAAAACAUGGGAACAUUUGAAGAACUUGUGUCAGCAGGAAAAGAGUUCGCUCAACUGCUCAAUGCAUUGCAGGAAGGCAAGGAGAAAGAUACUGCUAGCAUUGGAUCAGGCGCCACCUUGAAAUUAGAAGAAAACGAAAGACCUGCUAUGCUGAGAGUAUUAUCAACAAAAUCUACUACCCAAGAAGAUGCAGACCAAUUUGAAGCACAGAAAAUGGCUGCCGAAGAGAAGCAGUCUGGUAACUUGCGAUGGGAGGUCAUAUACUCGUAUUUCACCUCUGGAGGGAAUAUAUGUUUCAUCCUCUUCACCAUGUUUAUGAUAUUGAUUACCGCUGCUAGUGCAUCUGCUGCCGAUUUUUGGAUCAGUUUUUGGGCAAACCAAAUGGCAAUAUUUGAGGAAGAAAUUGGUGAAGGUGAUAUUGACGAGGACCUAAACACUCAAGUGGGCGCUUUCACCACGGGACAAUACAUCAUUAUUCAUGGUUGCAUUGUCUUUGCCUGCGUCUUGCUCACCCACCUUCGAGUUAUACCUUUUGCAAAUCUUUGCGUCAGGGCUUCGCAAAGACUCCAUGACCUCAUGUUCUCGACCAUGAUUAAAGGCAUCAUGCGGUUCUUUGAUACCAGUUCUUCCGGACGCAUUCUCAAUCGUUUCACUAAAGACAUGGGUGCCUUGGACGAAAUUCUGCCCAGAACAUUGUUAGACGUCUUCCAAAUCUACAGUACACUGAUAUUCAUUUUGACCCUCAACGCCAUAGCUUUGUAUUAUACACUGAUUCCUUCAGCAGUGUUGAUGAUUAUUUUCUUUUUCUUCGUAAAGAUAUACCUUAGAACUGCACAAGGUGUGAAAAGAUUGGAAGGCACAACAAAAAGUCCUGUGUUCGGAAUGGUAACAUCUUCUCUGAGCGGAAUUGCAACAAUUCGAUCAGCUGGCGCCCAACAAAGACUUGUUGAUGAGUUCGACAAUCAUCAGGACCUGCAUACAGCAGCUUGGAAUUGUUAUUUGGGCGGCGGCAGUACAUUUGGAUUUUAUUUAGAUACAUUAUGCACUGUUUAUCUUACAGUUAUCAUCUUCGUGUUUUUGUAUGUUGACUUCGGGGAUGUGAUCCCGGUGGGCAGCGUGGGUCUGGCGGUGACGCAGAGCAACAUGCUGACAGCGAUGCUGCAGCACGGCGCGCGCAUGCUGGUGGAGUUCCUGGCGCAGCUCACCAGCGUCGAGCGCGUGCUGGAGUACACUCGCAUAGAAACCGAGGCCAACUUGUACGAUGGACAAUUGGCUUUACCUCCCACGUGGCCCUCUCAAGGGCGAAUCAUUUUCCAAGGUGUAAAUUUGAAAUAUGCACUCGACGAAACACCAGUACUCAAGAACUUAAACAUUACUGUUGAUUCUGGAUGGAAGGUUGGUAUCGUUGGUCGGACGGGUGCCGGCAAGUCAUCUCUAAUAUCCGCAAUAUUUAGAUUUGCCUUCAUUGAGGGCAAAAUAAUGAUUGAUGGUAUCGACACCUCAUUAUUAGCGAAGCAGACUUUAAGAUCGAAGAUAUCAAUUAUACCUCAAGAGCCAGUCCUAUUUUCUGCAACUAUACGAUACAAUUUAGAUCCUUUCAAUAUAUACAGUGAUGACGAACUUUGGCGAGCUUUGGAACAGGUGGACAUGAAAUCAGCUGUUCCUUCUUUAGAUUUUAAAGUGACUGAAGGAGGAGCAAACUUCUCGGUUGGUCAAAGGCAAUUGAUGUGCUUAGCGCGAGCAGUUCUCAGAUCGAACAAAAUAUUGAUAAUGGAUGAAGCCACUGCAAAUGUAGAUCCACAGACUGACAACUUCAUUCAGCAGACCAUUCGUCGGCAAUUCGCAUCAUGCACAGUCCUCACUAUCGCUCAUCGCCUUAAUACUAUCAUGGAUUCCGACAGAGUCCUAGUCAUGAGCGCCGGGGAAAUAGCAGAAUUCGAUCAUCCUUAUAUACUACUUUCCGAUCCCGAUAGUAUGUUUUCCUCAAUGGUCAGGGAAACUGGGGAAAAAACCAGUGAAAAAUUAUUCGAUAUAGCUAAGGAUAAAUAUUUCGAGAGCAAUGUACAAGAGAUUGUCAGAUAAAAGGAAUAUGAUUUGUGUAGUGUUCCAUCGGACAGAUUUAAUAAAAUGUAUAUAAAUACUUAUACUUUUAUACUUACUCAUAUUUUCUCGUUGAAAUUCUAUGAUUUAAAUGUGUUUAAAUCCUAUACAACAGGCUCGAUUAUCUAAUGUAAGGUUCACUUUUUAGAUUUGAGCAUAUGAGUUUCAAAAUAACUCGAAUGUCUUUUAAGAAAUAUACCUAGCUCUUGGACUACACGAUAACUUUUGCUAGUUGUGAUAAUGGAGUAAUGAAAUGAGUGAAACAUAGUGUAAAUAAAUAGGCAAAUUUAUUUCAAAUAGGUUAAGUUAAAAUAAAAAUAGGAAUGUUUUAUAAAAAUAUUGUAACACGUUUGUUUAAGUAUUAAAUAUUUUUUGUUACA